UUUAAUUCUCAGUCACCAUCCAAGACUCUGGCUAGUAGCUAGCUAGCUAGCAAGCAAGCAAGCUCUACUCUAUAUAUAUAUAUCCCACAUUUCAUUUCAUCACAUAUAUAUAUUAAUGGCGUCGCAGUCGUCGUCGAAGAGCAACAUUAACGGUGUUGUGUUUGAGGAUUUCUUCCCUUCCAUGGUGGAGAAGCUGGGGGCGGAGGGGUUCAUGGACGAGCUGUGCAAAGGGUUCCGGCUGCUGAUGGAUGGGGACAAGGGCGUCAUCACGUUCGAGAGCUUGAAGAAGAACUCGGCCGUGCUCGGCUUGCGGGAGAUGAGCGACGAGGAGCUCAUGAGCAUGCUCCGAGAAGGCGACUUGGACGGCGACGGCUGCCUCAAUCAGAUGGAGUUCUGUGUCCUCAUGUUCAGACUCAGCCCUGAUCUCAUGAACGGCUCCAAAAUGUGGCUGGAAGAAGUUGUCUUCAAUGCCUAGUAGAGAGGCUUAAUUAAUUAGGCCGCCUCCACCUUAAUUUCAUUAAUCUGCCAAUUCUUAUUUAAUUAGUUGUCUUAAUUGCCCCAGCUGUGCUGUUUAUUGUUUCGGCUAAUCUUUAUUCUAGUACCUGUUCUAUGAAAUUUUGAUGAUCCUUCUUUA